GCGAUCCUGCAGACCUGAGCGGGCCAGGGCUGGGCUUUCAGAGUAGUCCCGCCCUUCCCAAAGCUCCAAGCCCCGCCAGUAUUCCGCCCAUUGAUUCAGGAGCCGUUUGGAAUCGCUAUGAUCAAAUAAGCAGGGAAUCCAAUACGCAAGGAAGGCGUGCGGGAGACGAUUGUAUCCGGGCGGGGCUCUCGGUUAAAGCGCCUGUGUUGAUGUGCCUGCUCAGCGGGUAGUAACCGAGCGCCGGAGCGAAGAGAGCGGGAGCGGAACCGGGAUCUCCAACGGUGAGACUGAAUGCUGUUCUGGUACCAUGACAGAAGAUUAACCGUCGCCUUCCAGUGAGAGCAGGUCCAGUUCCCUCCAUUUGGUCUGCUGCGAUAUGCCGUCCUUUCCCCUUGAUGAAGGGAUGUUCUCUCUCUCUCCCUCAGAUGAUCAGAUUUCCUCCAGCCUGGCUCUGAACGCUGGGCUGCCCUUCAAAAAUGCCGGACUUGGGAAAAGGAACGUCAGAAUGAAGAAGAAAAAGAAAGGAGCAAUUACAGCCAACUUCUCUGGCACCAAGUAUCAGAUAGUGCGUUUGGCGAUACUGGAGGCCGGAUUCACGCGAGCGCGGGAGGAGGACGACACCGCCAACCUGAUCUGGAACGACGCAGCCGUUCAGCAGGAGCGGAUCGCGGAUCUGAGGAACUACCAGAGGAUCAAUCACUUCCCAGGAAUGGGGGAGAUCUGUCGUAAGGACUGUUUGGCAAGGAACAUGGCCAAAAUGAUUAAGAGCCAGUCUCAGGAAUACUGCUUCACUCCUAGGACGUGGAUCUUCCCUGCGGAGUACACUCAGUUCCAGAACUGCAUCCAGGAGCUACGGAAAAAGCGCAGGCAGAAGACGUUCAUCGUCAAGCCCGCCAACGGUGCGAUGGGUCAUGGAAUCUCGUUGAUAAGGAACGGGGAUAAACUACAGGCCCAUGAGCACUUGAUUGUGCAAGAGUACCUGGACAAGCCAUUCCUCCUGGAAGGUUACAAGUUUGACCUCCGCAUCUACAUCCUGGUGACCUCUUGCGACCCCUUGCGGAUAUUUUUGUACAACGAUGGGUUGGUACGAAUGGGCACGGAGAAGUACCACACACCCACUGAUGCCAACCUGAGCCAGUUGUUCAUGCACUUGACCAACUAUUCCGUCAAUAAGCACAAUGAGAACUUUGGCCGGGCGGAGCAGGCCGACCGAGGCAGCAAGAGGUCCAUCAGGUGGUUCACCGAGUUCCUCCGGGACAAUGACUACGACGUGGUGAAGUUUUGGAAUGACGUCUCUGAGCUUGUGGUGAAGACCCUGAUAGUGGCAGAGCCCCACGUUCUGCAUGCCUAUCGGAUGUGUCGGCCUGGACAACACCCCGGCAGUAGCAGUGUUUGCUUCGAGGUGCUCGGCUUCGAUAUCAUCUUGGAUCGGAAGCUGAAACCGUGGCUCCUGGAGAUUAACCGAGCUCCGAGCUUUGGAACAGAUCAGAAGAUAGACUACGAUGUGAAGAAGGGAGUCCUGGUCCACGCCUUGAAGCUGUUGAAUGUGCGCACCAGUGAUCGCAGGAAGAACCUCGUUCAGCAGAAGGCAGAGGCCCAGAGGCGGCUGUAUGGCCAGGGGACAGGAAAGCGCCUGUCACCUUCCUCCUCCGAGUGGGAGAAGCAGAGACACUCGCUCCAGAGGAGGAGAGAGGAGCUGAAGGAGAGACUUUCUCAAGUCCGCAAGCAGAUCCUACGGGAGGAGCAUGAAAAUCAGAAUCUGGGGAAUUACAGGAGGAUCUACCCGCCCGAUGACAAGCAGCUGCUGGAGAAAUAUGAGAAGCUGCUCUGCAUUGCCUUCCAGACUUUCCUGGCGAGCAGAGCCACGUCUCUGCAGAAGGAGCUGAGCAACCCACUGAACCACAUGAAGGAAGAAGAUAUUUUGGACCUGCUGGAGCAGUGCGAGGAGGAUGAUGAAAAGCUGCUGGGGAAAUCUCCUCGACAGCGGGGACCCAAGCCACUGUUCUCAAUGCCUGAGACCAUAGAGCCCACCUCACGAAAGCACAAGGAUGAGAGCAGCUCCAGCGGCAAUAGCAGCUGCUCCUCCGACUCCGAGAAUGGGGGCCUGGCAGAGAAGAAGGUCGGAGACUAUGGAUUGGAAAGGAAGUUCAACUUAGAGCGAUUCAGGGAGAACGGAGUGACCACACGAGAGGACCCACAAGUCUGGGCUGAGGGCAAACAGCAGCAGAACAGUGGAAGUGAACCAGAGGAGAAAGCCCAAAUCCAUCGUGUUCAACAUUGGUGCCAGCGAAGUAGGGCGCAGAGGAAUCCACUGGCAUUGAGGAAAAAACCAUCCCCUUCAAUGUCACCAACUGCAUCCGUGCCAAUUCGACGUUCUACCUCCUGCCCUCGUUCCAUCGCGUCUCUGGCAACGCAACCGCAACCACCAGCAGCAGAGCCACGAACGGCCUCCGGCAAGCCCGUGAUGCCCCUGUCCAGACUGGCCUCAGGCGUUCGGUCGCAGUCUUUGAACCGCAGCGCCGUCACCCAGCAAAUCCCGCACAGUACCAGCCUGGGAACCAUCCACUCUGCGCCGGGGAAAUCUUGGCAGCACAGAGACAGAUCCCCAAACCUCUGGAAGGGAAAGCGUGUGUCCUUUGUGAAUUUUAGAACAAAGGAACAGGAUGAAGAAUUGACCAAAGAAACACAGGUGGCUCUCAACGAGAUGAGAAUCAAGUUUCCCGGAAAAUCGAAUGAAGAAGCUGAGGUUUUAAUGGAUGAGAUUCUGGACAAUUGGAAGUAUCACAAACCAAAGCUGGCUUCCUAUUGGUUGGUGAAACUGGACUCCACAAAGCAGCGCAAGGUGCUGGACAUUGUGCGGACCAAUGUUCGAGCUAUGCUGCAACGAGUGUGGAAGGUGCAGGACGUGGAAACUCUCCGGCUCUACCGGAUCUUCAACCGCGUCUUCAACCGCUUGCUCUGGAGCCACGGACAGGGCUUGUGGAAUUGUUUCUCCAACUCCGGACGGAGUUCUUGGGAAACGAUGUUCAACAGGAAUGUGGAAGGCAUCACGCCCCAGGAGCUGCAAUGCUGCCAGCGCUUGGUGCACCUCUGCAAGGGCUGCCUGAUCCUGGUGUACCGAUAUGCCACCGACUUCAAGGGCUCCCUGCCGGGAUUCGUGCAUGAAUGGGAAGAGCACAGGUCCCUGCCUCCCUCUGGAGUCCAGCUGACCAUGAAGACCUUGCCGAUGACCUUCAGCCGUGGAUCAGCGGUCUUGCCCCGCUCCCGCAGCCUCCACACCGGAAGACUUGGCCAACAUUGACCUGCUUGUAGCCAGGGUUCCUGCUUUCCUCUCACGGCGGGGAGGGGAGGUGUGUGAGGAAGCUCGGAGUUCUUGGACAAGGAACUUCCCUCAGCCCGGAGGAUCCGUGGGUGGGCGAGAGGACUCCCACCACGUACAGUGAACACCCCGCCCCCCCCCCCCAGCCUCUCUCACCCGCCAACCAUCUCAAGCAGACUCGGGUGGUGGGCGGUGGAAUCACAGCUUCGCUUUCAACCUGGAGUGACCUCUGGGACCCACUCUUCCUCCCUCCACUGCUCCCCCACAACUCUGACCCUGACUGUUACAGGGCACGUGGGGGCCAGGAGCGGUGAAUCAUGUGUCUUAGCUUAAAAGAAAAUCCAUAGCAAGAAAGCAAGAGAAUGUGACUUCAAAAUCUGUGCUGCUAAUUGUUACAUUAGAGUUACGCGUGCUUCGUUGGAGCUGCACUUGGUUUACCUGCAGAUGAUGUUUACAUUCCUGUUAACGCUGAGGCUACAGCCCUCUGCUUUCAUGUCUGGAUGUCAUUGGCAAAGCCAGCAUUUAUCAGCAUCCCAGCACUAUGGUGGGUCCGCAGUCCCCUACAGAUGGGGGUGGGGGGGGGGGGGAAGGUGGUCCUUUCUCAACCAGAAUUGGCAGUUUCUUUGCAAUAUCUGACUAGUUGAUUUCUCCAACUUCCACUAAUUUUCCUGCCUCCCUCCUUCUCUCUUUUUCCAUUCCCAGCCUGAUUACCCUUUCACCUGCUCAUCCCCUCCCUCUGGUUGCUCCUUUCUCCAAUAGCCCUCUGUCCUCUCCCAUUAGAUUCCUUCUUCUUCAGCCCCUUGCCUUUUCCACCUAUCUCCUCCCAGCUUCGUACUUCGUCACCUUCUUCCCUUCCCUCUCCACCUUCUUAUUCUGGCUUCUUCCCCCUUCCUUUCUAGUCCUGAAGAACGGCCUCAGCCUGAAAUGUCGACUGUUUAUUGCUGUCCAUAGAUGCUGCCUGACCUGCUGAGUUCCUCCAGUAUUUUAUGUUUAAUUCCAGAUUCGUUGACUGAACUUAAGUUCCAUAGUGGCUGUGGUGGGAUUUGAACUCACGGUGAUCAAGACUUUUGGACUGCUGUUCCGGUCACUGAACAUUGCGUCUCCACCCUACACACCUUGACCAGAUGAUCCAAUUUGAAGAUGCUGUUACGUAGAACAGCAGAACUGGUAGAUGUGGUUUAAUUUAGAAUCAGGAUUACUAUCAUCGACGUGCAGGGAAAUUUGUUGUUCUGUGGCAGCAGUACAAUGCAAGACAUUUAAAAACUAUAAUAAAUUACAAUAAGAAAUGGAAAAAAAAUUAGCGCAGAAAGGGAGCAUAAUAGUGAGGUAGAGUUCUUGGACCAGCUGGGUGCAGGUAGGUGAGACGAGGCAGAAUAUCAGGUCAUUAUGGAUUAGAUGGGCUUGAUUAGACAAACUUGAGAGAUUCUGCAUGUGGAAAUUCAAAGCAACACACAGAAAAUGCUGCAGGAACUCAGCAGGCAAGGCAGUAUCUAUGGACAUGAAUAAACAGUCAAUGUUUCGGGCUGAGGCUGUUUAUUCUUGUCCGUAGAUGCUGCCUGACCUGCUGAGUUCCUCCAGUAUUUUGUGUGUGUCGCUUCAGAUGGGCUGAAGGGCCUGUUUCUGUUCUGCAGUACUCUACGAGUCCAUGACUCUAUAAUCCUUGCUGAUUUGAUCUGAAGCUAGUGACACAUUUCACUGUAUGCUCCAAUGUACAUGUGACAAAUAAAGCUAAUACUUAGAUCUUUAAACCUUCUCCAGUUCUGCGCUCAUCAUUCCAAAAUGUGUGUGGCCCACUUGACUGGCAGGUCUGACGUGCCCAAGGCCGAUCUCACUCCGGUCCAUUAAAACAAAUGGAGACUGCUGCGAAUAUUCUGUGGGUCUGCUGGUGUCCGUGGAGAGAGAGGUAGAGAUGGCAUUUUAGGUCAAAGGACCAGAGGAGCCAACAUGGCACCAGUCCGUUCGGCUCAACUUAUCCAUACCUCCCAAGAUGUCGAUCUAAGCUCGUCCCCUCCGACUGCAUUUGACAAAGCACGAUCCACCUUGUAACCUAGAUCUGCCUUUCUGACGGCGGUGAAAUGCCCAGUGGUUAAGGCUCCACAUCCUUCUCCAAAGCAUCUGCAUCUGUCCUAUUGAUGGGAUGCUGCGAACUGCACAUGAAAGCAGAGGAGGGUAUUUGGCCCAUCAGACUUGUGCAGUAACAUAUGGGAUUCUCUGUGGCAUUUCCUUGCACUGUUCGAAGCCAGAUGCCACCAAUUUUAUCACUGCGAUCCACAUUUUUUUUCCCCUUAAUUGAGCACCAAAUCACAGUGCAGGUGAUUUGGCCCACGAUGUCGUACUGACCUUUUAAUCCACUCCAUGACCAAUCUCCGGCAGACAAUAGACCUCCAUUUUUCUUUAGACAAUAGGUGCAUGAGUAGGCCAUUCGGCCCUUCAAGCCAGCACCGCCAUUCUCUGUGAUCAUGGCUGAUCAUCCACAAUCAGUAUCCAGUUCCUGCCUUAUCCCCAUAACCUUUGAUUCCGCUAUCUUUAAGAGCUCUAUCCAUCUCUUUCUUGAAAGCAUCCAGAGACUUGAUCUCUACUGCCUUCUGGGGCAGAGCAUUCCACAUAUCCACCACUCUCUGGGUGAAAAAGUUUUUCCUAAACUCUGUUCUAAAUGGCCUACCCCUUAUUCUUAAACUGUGGCCUCUGGUUCUGGACUCACCCAUCAGCGGGAACGUGCUUCCUGCCUCCAGCGUGUCCAAUCCCUUAAUAAUCUUAUAUGUUUGAAUCGGAUCCCCUUUCAUCCUUCUAAAUUCCAGUGUAUGCAAACCCAGUUGCUCCAAUCUUUCAACAUAUGACAGUCCCGCCAUCCCGGGAAUUAACCUUGUGAACCUACGCUGCACUCCCUCAAUAGCAAGAAUGUCCUUCCUCAAAUUUGGAGACCAAAACUGCACACAGUACUCCAGGUGUGGUCUCACCAGGGCCCUGUACAGCUGCAGAAGGACCUCUUUGCUCUUGUACUCAGUUCCCCUUGUUAUGAAGGCCAGCAUGCCAUUAGCUUUCUUCACUGCCUGCUGUACUUGCUUGCUUUCAUCCAUGUGCCCAUCUAUGAGUCUCCUAAACAUCUCCAAUGUAUUUGCCUCUACCACCACUCCCGGUAUUGUGUUCCACACACCCACCACUCUCUGUGCAAAAAAAAGCUUACCUCUGACAUCUCUGCUGUACUUUCCCCCAGUCACCUUAAAAUGAUGCUCCCUUGUAUUAGCCAUUGCCACCAUGGGAAAAAGUUUCCAGCUGUCCACUCUAUCUAUGCCUCUUAACAUCUUGUACACCUGUACUAAUUCACCUCUCAUCCUUCGCUCCAAAGAAUCAGGUUUAGUAUCACUGACAUACAGUAUGUUGUGAAAUUUGUUGUUUUGUGGCAGCAGUAAUAAAGCCCUAGUUCACUCAACCUAUCCUCAUACGACAUGCUCUCCAAUCCAGGCAGCAUCCUGGUAAACCUUCUCUGCACCCUCUCUAAAGCUUCCACAUCCUUCCUAUAAUGAGGUGACCAGAACUGAACUCAAUACUCAAUGUAUGUUCUAACCAGGAUUUUAUAGAGCUGCGGCAUGACCUUGUGAUUGAAACCAGUAUCACCCGAUUAAGAGUCCACACCUGGAUAAUGAUAUAUUGUUCUGACCACUGUUCUGGUUGCAUAUGGGAAGUAGGAUGGUCUUUGAAAUAGCGGGGGGGGGGGGGUCCCCACACAACAAACUUUGGCUGGAAAACUCUCAGCUUGGAACUGACUGGGGGGUGGACAACAAACUAUUAGUGCUGCGUGAAAGUCUUACGCAUGUAUCUAUAGGGUGCUUAAGACUUUUGCACAGUACUGUAUUUGUAAACGUGGAGCGGACAGCGACUUUGUAAACUUGGUGGGAGCAAAGGAUAUUAGGAAUGGUGAGGGUGGAGUGCCACGGGAGGGCUGUGGGACAGGUGGCAGAGAAGGAGUGCCAGGGAUGGUGGUUGGCAUGGCCGCAGACACGCUCAGCCCUGAGACACCAAGCAGGGUCAUUUGAUUCCAAACAAAAUGGGUUUUUGAUCAUUACAGAAUGUCCCUUUGGUGCUUCCCUCUUCCUUCCCCUCUUCCCAACCAUGAUUCUCCUCUCCCUGCCCCCUUCUCACUCUCAGUCCUCAAUAGAGACCCAUUUCAGAAUCAGGUUUAUCAUCACUCACAUACGUCAUGAAAUUUGUUUUUUUUUGUGGCAGGAGUACGAUGCAAUACAUCAAGUCAAGUCAAGCCAUUUUUUAUUGUCAUUCUGACCAUAACUGCUGGUACAGUACACAGUAAAAACGAGACAAUGUUUUUCAGGACCAUGGUGCUACAUGAAACAAUACAAAAAGUACACUGAACUACAUAAAACAACACAAAACUACACUAGACUACAGACCUACCCAGGACUGCAUAAAGUGCACAAAACAGUGCAGGCACUACAAUAAAUAAUAAACAAGACAAUAGGUACAGUAGAGGGCAGUAGGUUGGUGUCAGUCUAGGCUCUGGGUAUUGAGGAGUCUGAUGACUUAGGGAAGAAACUGUUACAUAGUCUGGUCGUGAGAGCCCGAAUGCUUUGGUGCCUUUUGCCAGAUGGCAGGAGGGAGAAGAGUUUGUAUGAGGGGUGCGUGGGGUCCUUCAUAAUGCUGUUUGCUUUGCAGAUGUAGCGUGUGGUGUAAAUGUCUGUAAUGGCAGGAAGAGAGACCUCGAUGAUCUUCUCAGCUGACCUCACUAUCCGCUGCAGGGUCUUGCGAUCAUGAAAUUAUUGCAGCACUGUGCAAAAGUCUUAGGCACCCUAGCCAUGUAUAUGUGCCUAAAACUUUUUCACAGUACAGUGCUGUAUAUAUAUAUAAGUAAAUUAAGCAAGUAGUGCAAAAAGACAGGAAAAAAUAAUGAGGUCCUCCUCUUGAUGAGGAGGAAAUGCAACAUCUCUCCAUAUCAGGACAGAUAAAACUCGAGGACAUGAGUUUAGAGUAAAGGUGUUAAGAUUUAGAGGGGAUGUGUGGGGGACCUUCUUCACCCAGUGUGUAGUGAGUAGAGUACCUGGAACACACUGCCUGAAAGAGUGGUGAAGCAGAGGGACUGACAUUGUUUAAGAAGUGUCCAGACGAGCAUUUAAACGGCCAGGGUACAGCAGGCUAUGAGCUGAAUGCUGGAAUAUGGGUCAGCAGGGUAGUGUAGCAGUUGGUGUAACACUAUUACAGCACCAAUGACCAGCGUUCAGUUCCCACCGCUGCUUGUAAGGGGUGUAUACAUUCUCCUCAUGACCCUGUGGGUUUCCUUCCACAUUACAAAGGUGUAUGGAGAGGCUCCCAUCACUGUCUGUAAGGAGUUUGUAUGUCCACCCUGAGACGGCGUGAGUUUCCAAGUGCUUUGGUUCCUGCUCACACACAAAGGUGUACUGGUCAGUAGGCUAAUUGGUCACUCGGAUGUAACUGGAUGCCAUGGGCUUGUAGGGCCUGUUACUGUGCUGUACCCCUAAAUAAAAACAAUAUAGAUUCCACAGGUCAGCGUCAAUAGCAUAGGCUGAAUGGUCUGCUUCCAUACUCUAUGCCUAUUCGAUGCUAUGAAGCCUAUAGACCAGAGUUUGCAAAUUUAGACUCACGGUGCGUGAACGUUUCCCCUUUUGGUCUGUGCUUGCCUUCCAUACUUUUCCAGUAGGUGUCAGAUUUUCCCUUCGGAUAAGGUUCUGGAAGAACCGUGACGAUUAAAAGCCCCGUCUCACACUGAGAGCAGCUUGUUAUUGUCCGAUAUUAUGAUGCAGAAUCAAUACAGCUCUAACAUAGUUGUGUUCCCAUGUGAAGGGUGAGGGGAGUGAGUGCAUCAUGUCAGUGUUAUCUGAUUCUAUCUCUAACCGGUUCUCUUGUGAAACCUUUCCUGUUUAUCAUCCCUUCCUCUUGUUCUCCUUCAAGCAUCUCCUUUAUAGUUUAACUUUAAAAUAUACUUCUUUCUAAGUAAGCAAACACACGCAGCUCAUAAAAGAUUAAAGCCUAACUUUUAUUUAAGAGUUACAGCACAGACCAGGCCCUUCUGGCUGAUCGAGCUGCACUGCCCUGCAACUCACCUAUUUAAUCCGAGCCUAAUCAUGGGAAAAUUUACAAUGACCAAUUAACCUCUAACCAGUACGUCUUUGGACUGUGGGAGGUAACCGGAGCUCCAGGAGAAAGCUCACGGGAUUUACAGGGAGAAUGUACAAACUCCUCAUGGACACCACCGGAAUUGAACCCUGAACUCUGAACGUCCCAAGCUGUAAUAGCGUCACACUAACUGCUACACCACUGUGGAUUUUUCAUUGUUAUUUAAAACUUGCGUACUGCAAGUGGUAUGUUAUCAUUGGCCUUUAAUACAAGAGGAACUCCUCUCCCUCUAAGCUGUGCGGAUGCACAGCCGUGUGGUAACAAAUGCUCCCACGUGCAUAGCCUUUGUUGCUGCACAUUGGAAUUUUCUUUUAUAUGAUGUUAAUAUUAAAGUGCUUUGCAGUUUUCAGGCUGUGUAAAAAUUUCCUGCUCAGAGCAAUGGUUGGUCUGUGCAGCUGUAAAACAAAUUAGUUGGAACAUUGAACAGAAGGGAUAGUUUAGCUCGAGGUUAGGUUUCAUAAACCCUGAAGGUUUGAGUUAUGUUCUGUUUUAGUGAACUGAACUAACAACAAUAAAUAGCAAAUUCCCUGUAGUGUAUGGCCGGUGACUCUGGCUAUGUAUGUUAUGUAUAUGACUGAUGAUCUCUGUUCCUGUGAUUGGCAUGUGCAUAGUUGCCUCCUUCGCCGCUGUGGGAGGAGAGGGCAAGUCACAUUUUGGUCCGUGACCUCCUCUUUUGCGACGAUGAGGCCACUCUCAGGUUGGAGGAGCAACACCUCAUAUUCUGUCUGGUUAGCCUCCAGCCUGACGGCAUGAACAUCGAUUUCUCCCUCCAGUAACUUUUCUCCCCCUCUCCCUUCCCUCUUCUAUUUGCCUGCGGGUCACAUUGGUAUAAUUGGGAGGCAAUAGACAAUAGGUGCAGGAGUAGGCCAUUUGGCCCUUCAAGCCAGCACCGCCAUUCACUGUGAUCAUGGCUGAUCAUCCACAAUCAGUAUACAGUUCCUACCUUCUCCCUAUAUCCCUUGACUCCACUAUCUUUAAGAGCUCUAUCUGUUGAAAGCAUCCAGAAAAUUGGCCUCCACUGCCUUCUGAGACAGAGCAUUCCACAGAUCAACAACUCCCUGGGUGGAAAAGUUUUUCCUCAACUCCGUUCUAAAUGGCCUACCCCUUAUUCUUAAACUGUGGCCUCAGGAACAUGUUUCCUGCCUCUAGCGUGUCCAAUCCCUCAAUAAUAUAUGUUUCAAUCAGAUCCCCUCUCAUCCUUCUAAAUUCCAGUGUAUACAAGCCCAGUCGCUCCAAUCUUUCAACAUAUGACAGUCCCACCAUCCCGGGAAUUAACCUCGUGAACCUACGCUGCACUCCCUCAAUGGCAAGAAUGUCCUUCCUCAAAUUUGGAGACCAAAACUGCACACAAAGCAUGAGCUCAUUGGGCCGGAGGGUCCUGUUAUCAUGCCGUGUCUAAAUAAAGAGAAAUAAAAUAAAAGUAAAUUAGUGGAAGUUGCUGUCAACUGGUCAGGCGCGAUAGUAGGGUCGAACUUGAGUUUUUAUGCCUUGCACUGCCCUGCUGCCAUAAAACAACAAAUUUCACAGCAUACAGUAUUGUGCAAAGGUCCUGGGCCCAUGUGCAUGGCUAGGGUGCUGAAGACUUUGGCACAGCAAUGUAUUUGUCAAUGUGGAGUGGAGAGCAAAUUUGUAAAUGUGGUGGGAACAAACGAUGUUGGGAAUGGUGAGGAUGGAGUAUCGCAGGACAGGUGACAGAGAAGGAAAUCUGGGAUGAGUGAUGGUGCUGCAGUCAUACCCAGUCCUGAGAUACCAGGCAAGAUCAUUUGAUUCCGCAUAUCUGGUUUAUUGAUCAUCAUAGAAUGUCUCUCUCAUGUUUCAUGCUCCCUUCCCCUUUUCCCCAACCAUGAUUCCCCUUUCCCUGCCCUCUACCCACUCUCAGUCCACAAUGGAGACCCAUUUCAGAAUCAGGUUUAUUGUCACUCACAUAUGUCAUGAACUUUGUUUUUUUUUGUGGCAGCGGUAUAGUGCAAUACGUAAAAGUGACUAGAGUACUGUGCAAAAGUUGUAGGGUCCAUAUCCAUGUACUUUACUGGUAAUAAACCUGAUUCUGAUUACUGAGUCUUCAAGGCUUGGGCCCUGUCUGGGUUCUGGGGAAGUAAACUCAGGAGAGGUUUAUUUGUUUACACUUGUGGGUGGACUGGCCACACAGUCUCAAAAGGCUCCUGGAAAAGCAUAGGGAUAUAUGAAAAUGGAGGAUUACGUCUGUGUAGGAGAGAAGGGUGAGAUUAACGUUGGAGUAGAUUAUUAUAGGGCAGCACAACAUUGUGGGACAUGGGGCCGGUAGAGUGCUGUAAUGUUCCAUGUUUUAUGUUCAGAUUAAGCUUUAGUCACAUCCCCUCACCUGACCAAUACCUGAGGACAUGUGUUUAAGGUGAGUGGAGGAACGUUUAGGGGGGGACAUCAGAGGUUUUUUUUGCACAGAGAGUGGUAUGCACUGAUGGGGGUGGUGGUAAAGACAGAAACGUUAGAGACACCUAAGAGAUUCGUAGAUAGGAAUAUGGAUGAAAGAAAAAUGGAGCGCUAAGGUUAGAUUGUUCUCGGAGUAAGUCAGCUCUGGUACUAUACGCACCUGACCCACACCAGCUUCUGGGGUUUAGAUGCUCCAUUUCUCCAGAGUAUGGAUUACUGGUGUGGUCCCUUUAAAGUUUUUGGGCCUCUCUGCAAAUUGGUGGCCAUGUUUUGGUGCCAUGCCAGGAGUUUAAUAUUUAAAGUGCACUUGACCUCUGGUUCGUUGCUCGGUCGGCAGCACGGCUCUAGUUCAGUUUGUGACUGCAUUUUUGGAUUUCUGUCUCUUUUGGAUUCUCACCUAGCAUCUAGUCAAGAACCCUGCUCUCGCCUCAACCUCGAAAUCAUGUCUGAAGUCUAGCCUUGGAUACACCUGCACUAGGGUCCUUCCCAUCCUCGCCUAGCCGUCUCGUCACAAGUACAGCAUCAUGGUCCGAAGGGCCUGUAAUAUGCUGUACCGUUCUAUGUCCAGAGGAGGCUGGGUUUGAUUCUCCAGAUAUAUUGCUUAAUUUUGUGUCAGAUUGAUGGUCUUGUGCAUAAGUAUGGCAUGGUACGGUUCCACUACAAAACCAGCAGCAGCAUUACAAGCAUGUUAAUUCUGACAAUAACACAAGGAGUGUAAUUUGAAGGUGAUUGGAGGAAAGUAUGGGGGGAUGUCAGUGGUAGGUUUUUACAGAGUUGUGAGGAUGUGGAACCCCCUGCCAGGGCUGGUGUUAGAGGCAGAUACACAGGGGGCUUUCAAAAGAUUCUGAAGAGACAUAGGCAGAUGGAUGUAAAAUGGAAGUCUAUGGUCUGUGUGCAAGGGAAAAGUUAGACUGAUCUUAGAGAAGGUUUACAUAGGUCAGCACAACAUUGUAGGCCGAUGGGCCUGUACUGUGCAAAACUCCUCUAUAUUUCAGGUUCAGACUAGACUUUAGUUGCCUGCCCUAACAGCUCCUUAUCUAGUCAUACUGCUGUGACAAUAGGACAUCAAAGAGGAUCUUAGGCACAUGGAUGUAAGUUCUGAUGAAGGGUCUUGGCCCAGAACAUUGACUGUUUAUUCAUAUCCAUAGAUGCUGCAUGGCCUGCUCAGUUCCUCCAGCAUUUUGUGUGUGCUGCUCUAGGCUUAUGUAGGCUGGUACGACACUGUAGGCCGAAGGGCCUUUAUGAUGCUGUACUGUUCUGUGAAAAUGGAGAGGUACACGGUUUAGAGGGAUACAGGCCAAGGACUGGAAAGUGGGAUUAGCUUGAACGUACAUCUUAGCUGACAUGGAUAUGAAGGGCAAAAAGGCCUUUUCCGAACUGUAGACCCCUAUGGCUCUAAAUACAAAAUACACCCAGUGGCCAUUUUAUUAGGUAUACCUGUACGUUAAUGCAAAUAUCUAAUCACCCAAUCAUGUGGAAGCAACUCAAUACAUAAAAGCAUGCAGCCAUAGUUAAGAGUAUCAGUUCAGCAGGUCAGGCAGCAUCCGUGGAAACGAACAGUCAACGUUUCGGGCGGACACCGGUCUCGGCCCAGAACGUUGACUGUUCGUUUCCACGGAUGCUACCCGACCUGCUGAGUUCCUCCAGCGUGUUGUGCGUGUUGCUUUGACCCCAGAACCUGCAGAGUAUUUUGUGUGUAAGAGUAUCAGUUGUUGCUCCGACCAAACAUCAGAAUGGGGAGGAAAUGGGCUAAAUGACUUUGAUCGUGGAAUGAUUGUUGGUGCCAGAUGGGGUGGUUUGAGUAUCGCAUAAGUGGCUGCUCUCUUGAGAUUUUCCGGCACAGCAGUCGCUAUAGCAGAGGUCCCCAAUCUUUUUAAUCCUGUGACCCCUACCAUUAACUGAGGGAUCUGUUGGAAAACCCUGUUCUCGAGUUUACAAGAAUGCUGCGAUAAGCAAAAAUCAUCCAGUGAGCGGCUGUUCUGUGGGUGAGAAUGUCUUGUUAAUGAGAGAGGUUAGAGGAGAAUGGCCAGACUGGUUCAAGGUGACAAUAACUCAAAUAACCAGAUGGUACAACAGCAGUGUGCAGAAGAGCAUCUCUCGACGCACAACACUUUGAAUCCACACUGGGUUCCACUCCUGUACCUAAUAGAGUGGCCACAACAGCAUGGGUGAAGGGCUCGUACAGUGCUGUACUGUUCCGUGUAGGUGGACAGGUGUAUAGAUGACAGGAGUUUAGGUGGAUAUGGGCCAUCUGCUGGGAAACGAGGUGAGCUGGAAGGUACUUUCUGGCUGGCAUGGACACCGAUGGGCUGAAGGGUCUUUUUCUGUGCUGGAGAACUUUAUGAGUCCUUAAUUGCUCUGGGCCUGUACUCACAGGAGUUUAGAAGAAUGAAGAGAAUCUCAUUAAAACCUAUCGAAAGUGGAUAUGGAGAGGAUGUUUCCUUUUGUGGGGGAUCCAGGACCAGAGGGCACAGCCUCAGAAUAGAGGGAUGCCCAUUUAGAAUGGAGAUGAGGAGAGUUUCUUUAGGGCUCUGGAGGCCAAAUCAUUGGGUAUAUUCAAGGUGGAGGUUGAUAGGUCCUUGAUUUGUCAGGGUAUCAAAGGUUACAGGGAGAAGGCAGAAGAAUGAGGUUAAGAGGAAUUAUAAAUCAACCAUGAUGGAAUGGCAGAGCAGACUCGAUGGGCUGAAUGGCCUGAUUCUGCUCCUAUGCCUUAUGGUCAUAAAUAUGAAAUAUCUGUUCUGUAUUUGGUGCAGUAAGGAAUACUUUGAGCAGUUAUAGAGUCAUUCUAACAUGGACCGAUAGCUGAUCCAUGUGUAGCUGAGGAUUUGAAGGCAAUAAAAGCAACAUUAUAUUUAAUAAGGAAAAGCACAUUACUGUGGCCUUUGAGCUCUGCAGGAGCACCCGAUGAAUUCCAGGCCAGCUAUGGGUGUUUGUCUUUAUGGGCCACUUUUUGUAUUGUUUACAAUGAAGUUAGUUUAACGGGUGGCAGCAAUCCCCAGUUGUACACUGCUGUGGUCCCGGCUACUCAAUCACCGAGACGGGCCGAUCUUUGUUCAACAGUCAAGCCUUAGACUGGGGUUAGGAAACAGAAGAGAGCGGGUGUUUCUUAUUGACUGUAAUCUGUAAAAAAGCAAUAGCUGUUGGCUCUCUCCUACUUAUAGAUCUCUCUGCACAAUGUAUGCGUCCGUCUAUCUAUAUAUUGUACCUAUGUCUUAAUCACUAUAUCUGUCGAUUCCUGUAUCUAUCUGCAUAAGUUAUUAAUAUUAAAGUGUAUAUAUAUUUAUCCAUCAGCGCUUGUUUUGUUGUUCCUGUUUGUUGUUCGUUGUGUUCUGUCGAGCAUUGUGGGCGUGCUAUCUUGGUGUUGGAAUGUGUGGCAACUUCUUGCGGGCUGCUCCCAUCACACCCUUGGGUGCGUUUUUAAUUUUUCAAUUUUAAUUUAGAGAUACAGCACAGUUACAGGCCCUUCUGGCCCUACGAACCCACGCUGCCCGAUUACACCCACACGAUCAGUUAACCUAAUAACUCGUACGUCUUUUUGGAAUGUGGGAGGAAACCGGAACUUCCAGAGGAAAUCCACAUGGUCACGUGGAGAACGUACAAACUCCUUACAGACAGAGGCGCUGGCUCUGCAAUAGUUUUACACUAACU